AUGAACCGAAUCAACUUUUGGAGAUUACUCAGGAGUGUUUUCUGGCAGUCUGGAUUGUCCAAGGAAGACUUGAUUGACAACUGUAAUGGGGACACUGACUCGCUGAGCAGCCUGACAGAGACGGAUCCUUCUUCUCUGAGAACUAGCAGCUCCACCAACAGUCUUCAUUCGGGCUACGUGCUCAGCGGUAGCAUGAUGAGUCUGUUCAGCUCGGGGGAUUUCGGAGUGGUGGAGGUGAGGGGCCGUAUCCAGUACUCAUUGGCUUACAACAGCCAGAGGGAGGAGCUGCAGGUCAAAGUGUAUCGUUGUGAGGACAUUGCUGCAGCACGUAAGAACCGGUCUGACCCAUAUGUUAAAACCUACCUCCUGCCGGACAAGUCAAAUCACAGUAAGAAGAAGACUUCAGUGAAGAAGAAGACCCUAAACCCAGUUUAUGAUCAGACACUCAGAUAUAAGGUGCGGAUCGGAGAGCUGCGGAGUCGGACCCUGAACCUCUCUGUGUGGCAUGCCGAGCCCCUGGGGAGGAACGUAUUUCUCGGGGAGGUGGAGGUGACUCUGGCGCUCUGGGAUUGGACCUGCACACAGCCUCUGUGGCAGGACUUGCAGCCACGGGUUUAUCUGAGCCCAGACUCCAUUAGCAGUCGUGGGAACAUCAUGUUCUCUAUUAAAUACAUCCCAGAAGGAUAUGAAGGUGGUCAGAAUGGGACUCCUUCUUUAAAUAAUCGGGCUAAUUUACUUGCUCCACACCCCACAAGCUACAUACUUCCAGAUGCAAGUCGUCAAAGUGGUCAGAAGACCCGGGUGGUGAAGCACUCCAUCAGUCCUACUUACAACCACACCAUGGUAUACGACGGCUUCCAUACCAGCGACUUGAGAGAGGCUUGUGCUGAGCUGACGGUGUGGCAACGCGAAGGGUUAAAGACUCAUGUCCUCGGGGGCGUCCGUCUGAGCUGUGGAACUGGUCAGAGUUACGGCGAGGUCGUCAGCUGGAUGGAUUCCACAGAAGAGGAAGUCACUGUGUGGAUGUCCAUGAUUGAGAAUCCAAACCACUGGAUUGACGCAACGCUACCGAUCAGAACUAACCUCACCCGGCGGGCUGAGUGACUCAGACGUAUCCUGCACUCAAACGGAAUCAUUCGUAUGCACGUUGCUAUUAUGGUCGGACUGAAGGGAAGCCAUCUUCACAUCUGAACAUUUUCCUCUCUGUCACAGUGAUGCACACUUAAACACACAGGUGUUUUUCAUAUGUUCAUACUAUAUACUGUACAUGGCACAGAAACACACAGGGAGGUGUAAGCAGUGGUAUAAUAUUUUGCCUUAAUGGAGUGGAUUGGAUCGGUUCAGUCUGGCUCUAAUCUGGCAAAGAGGCACUUUUUUCUUAUUCAGUGUAGUUUAUGAAGUACAAAUCUAAGUGUUGAGUCAUCAGUUCCCUGGCUUAGUGACUUCUCUGUGAUAUUACAUAAAGUAAGAAGGGGGCGGGAGGUCUUUCCUUUUAUUUCAAACUCAGUCUCAGCCCUUUCAGACAAUUUAAGAAAGGCAGGCCUGAUGACUUUCACUGUGAGAAAUUCUCCUCAUUCAGAUAAUUGUAUCUUUUUUAGGUAUCACUAUUGUAAAUAAUUUGGAAAGUCCUUGCAGCUGAAUUCACUCAGCUAAUCUUUUUUGACUGAAUAGCUGACUACCACCUUGUGGUCAGACUGUAUACAAAUUCUCGACACACUGAGCAAAUGACAGGGGGCGCAGUGACGGCUAAGGUCACAGGCAAAGAAGUGAGAAGAAAAGGGCCUGUUUCCAUGUUCCCCUAAAAAUAAAGUUUAUUUUUCACAUCAGCUAUUCUUCUUUAUAUUUCUCAACAAGAAAGAAUUUACUACAUGAAUCAUGAUUCAUAACUUGUGUCCAGCAGAUGGCAAUAUUUACAAUACUUUUUCAAGCUGGUAUAACAGUAAGUGUCUGUGUUUUGUGUCUUAACGUUUGUGAUUUCUGCAUCUCAUCGCAGGUUUUCCUUAAGUUGCACCUUUCUUGUUGACACCAGAUACUGGAAGUCCAGUAUUAUUGGUAUAAAGAGGCUGUUGGAAGGCAAUAUUAAUUGUUGAAAAAACGUCUGCAAGACACUGUAAGAAUCAAAUGUUAUUGGUUUCAUAGUUUCCCCUGAAACACUAAGCUCUUGUGGUGAAUUUUUAAAUGUCGGUCAUUCUGUCUUUAUAUAAUUAGGUUUACUUUUUUAUUACUUUUUAUUAUUGCCUUGGAUAGUUAUGUAAUUCUAAUUUUGUGUGCCCUGCAGAUAUUCACCAUUGAGGUUUCUUUCUGAGAACUGCGGUCUGUUUGAUAUCUGCUUCACAACACUGUCUGCUUAAAAUAAUGUAUUAAUCUUCUGCUCCUGUAAGCUUUUUGUCAUGAGAAAUUACAGGUUGUCCUUGUUUUCUCCUUGA